AUGUUUAUAAGUGGCUGUGGAGCUCAAUUGGGCGAAGACAUUUGUGACCCUAGCGAAUUGAAGAUAUGCGUUGAAUCGAUUCCACGCACUCCUGUUGGACUACCAAGGAAUAAAGCUGAACUUGACGCACACUGCAAAGCUUAUCAAACGGGAAUGACAUGUAUGGACGCAUGGAUGAAACGCUGCCUGCCCACCGAUGGUCAAAAAUUCAUACAACAGCAAAUAGGUGGAGCGCGUGCUGUUAUGCGCUUUCUUUGCAGUAACGAAACUGCUCUAAGGAAGGAAUUUCUGAAAGAGUCGACGUGCUGGGCCGUCGUGUCGCCAGACUGGUCUCGGUGCGUGGACGAAUUGCAUGUUGCCGUUCGAGACAUCGCGGAACGAUCUCAGCAACUUGCUUACUUCAGCAGAAAUUCUGAGCUUUGUUGUGCCCGCGACGAGUUUAUCACUUGUGUAUCGUACGUCGGACGUUCGUGCUCAAACAAUGGGGGGACGUUGUUACGGCGCAUGGCGUGGGUACUGUCGCAGGACGUGGCGGCGUGCAGCCAGCAGCCUCGGACGUACUGCUCCGCACCGUCACCAUCGUUCGCGACACCGCUGCUCGCCGCAAUAACUAGUGUGAUACUUUACCCAGCACAACUAUAA